AUGACAGACACGAAGGCGAUCAUUGCCACCGCCACGGUGCUGUACGGCAAGAUCUCGCGCGCGUUCGAGAACCUGCGGAAGCUCGGCGAGGCCAAUAUGACCCUCGGCGCGGUGGAGGCCCGGCUUCAAAAUCUCGAGAAGCUAUGGGAUAAAUUCGACGCUCUUAAUGAUACGUUAGCCGAUCGGGUUGACGAAAUAAAGCAUGAGGUCUACGCUAAACAGGACAUCCCGUCCUCAGGCGAGGAAGCUUACCUGCUAAACAAGGACCUCAUGCUCGAUCUGAAGAGCGCUCUCCAGCUGCAGCUACAGGCAGCCAGCUCUACCGCGGCCGCGACAACUAGUCCCGCUCCUCGGACAGCGCUGCCAAAAAUCCAACCGCCUACCUUCGCCGGGAAAUACGAGGAUUGGCCUUCAUUCCGGGAUCUGUUCCAAUCCCUCAUCGGCCGGAAUCAGGCAGCAAAACCUGUGGAGAAGUUACACUACUUAAAACUUUGUGUGAAGGGUGACGCCGAUCUGCUGAUUCGUAACCUCAGCACCACAGAAGACAACUAUGAAAUCGCCUGGAAAACUCUAAGCGAUUAUUACGAGAACAAAAGAUUGCUGACUCGUAAUUAUCUGAAUAAUUUCUUAGCGUUGACCAAGAUGAAAAGCGAAUCCGCCGCUGAAUUGAGGAGGCUUUUCCAUGGAGUAAAAACAACUGUCAGCUCCCUGAAGAGCAUAGACCGACCGAUAGACCGCACGGAGGAUCUCUUCGUCCACCUCGUCGUAGAGCUCCUCGACAGCCGCUCUAGGCGAGAAUGGGAGAGUGAUAUAAGUCACACCACGAGUCCGCCAAGCUACGCCUCGCUUGAGGCCUUCAUAGAACGUCGGCUCCAUACGUUGGAGGCGCUGUUUCCGGCCAGGAACGACAGCAGCAGCUCCAGCACUACGAAAUCAACGAGGAGCCACCACGUCAAAUGCCAAGAUCCAAAAGAGAAGUCCAGAAGCCGGUGCUCCAUCUGCCAGGGGGACCACUUUGUUAUGUUCUGCGGCGACUAUAAGGAUAAGACGGCGAUGGCGCGUAAACAGCUCGUCCGUGAGCAUAAGCUCUGCUCAAACUGCCUUGGCCGGCAUCAAUCUUCCGAGUGCUCUUCGAAGAAGACGUGUACAGCGUGUGGCAGUCGACAUCACUCCUCGCUUCACGAUGCAUUCCGGGAAGCCGAGGCCGCCACGACGUUUCACGUGGCUCAAGGCGCAGACUCUUCCUCCGCAACGGUGCUGCUCGCUACGGCUAGGGUCCGCGUCCUCGACUGCCACGGAAGCUGGCAGUCCGCUCGCGCUCUGAUCGACCAGGGCUCCGAAUCCUCCAUCAUUUCGGAGCGAUUAGCGCAGCGCUUACGACUCCCUAGAAGAGCAGCCGCCGUUAGUGUCUAUGGAGUCGGAGAGAAAAGGACCGGAGUGACAAAGGGGAAAAUGAGACUCACCCUGCAGUCGCGCAGAGGGGAAUCGCCCACCUUCGUCAACGCUUUAGUGCUGCCGAAGUUGACGCUGUUUUCCGGAGGAUGCCGCAGCAGUAGACGAACCUGGACCCAUCUGGAGGACCUGGAGCUCGCCGAUCCGGAAUUCUGCUCCUCGGACCCCGUCGACAUCCUACUGGGAGCCGACGUAUAUGGGACCAUCAUCCGUCAGGGUCUACGAAAAGGAGGUUCUAAGGAUCCAGUAGCUCAACAAACCUCGUUGGGCUGGAUUCUCUCAGGUACAGUUAGCUCGACGGCGCCCAGCCAACACAUCUCCGCUCAUCACUGCCAAAUCGAGGAGGACAUCACCUGCUUGGUGCGGCGGUUCUGGGAGCAGGAGGAAGUCCACCGGCCAUCUCCGACCCUCACCAAGGCGGAACUAGAGUGCGAGGAGCACUACCGCCGUCAUCACUCGCGCUCUCCUGACGGCAGGUACAUAGUGCGGCUGCCAACGAUCGAGCCUCUCCCGGAUCUGUCUGGGACUCGUCGCGCCGCCAGUCGUGCUCUGCAACAGACGGAGAAAAGGUUAGAGAAAGAUGCCGACUUUAAGGACAUGUACGUAGAGUUCAUGCAAAAGUACAAGGAACUGCGACAUAUGAUGCUUGCACCAGCGCCAGCUGAGCCACAACGAGGUACCUGUUACCUGCCGCAUCACGGGGUCCUGCGUCCGGACAGCACUUCCACUAAGCUGAGGGUCGUGUUCAACGGCUCGAGCUCCUUGCCGAACGGGGACUCUCUCAACCAAUUUCUUCUGACUGGACCGAAUCUGCUUCCUGCGCUGGCUGACAUCCUGCUGCGUUGGCGACGCCACAGAUACGUCUUCGCUGCCGAUAUCGAAAAGAUGUAUCGGCAGAUCCUAGUGCAUCCGGACGAUCGAAGCCUGCAGCGAAUCCUGUGGAGAGACGACUCUAAGAACGACGUCCAGGAGUUCUGGCUAUGCACGGUCACUUACGGGCUCUCAUGCGCCCCGUAUCUGGCCAUCCGUACCUUACGCCAACUCGCCGAGGACGAAGAGCAUCGCUUUCCGAAAGGCGCCGACAUCCUGCGGAGCGAUGUCUACAUGGAUGACAUCCUGUCCGGUGCCGAGAAUCAAGAGGAAGCAGAAUCUAUGGUGAGGCAGCUGACAAAUAUAUGCACGGCGGGCGGGUUCACACUAAAAAAGUGGUCUACAAACGCCUCCUACCUGCUGAGCCUCGUGGAACCGGACGCGCGCCUGCAACAAGAGGCCAGAUGGUGGCUGCCCGGCGAGAGUCAUUCCACUCUCGGCCUUCGAUGGCAACCGUGCGACGACCGCUUCGCCUUCGCCACCCACCGGAUCACUCUCUCAGCGGUCACCAAAAGGUCGGUCCUUUCUUUGACGGCCAAAUUAUUCGAUCCACUCGGCUGGCUGUCUCCAACGACUGUGCUGGCCAAAAUCAACAUCCAGGCUACCUGGCUACUAGGUCUCGACUGGGACGCGUCUCUGCCAAGCGAGGAAGCCAGAAAAUGGCUGCGAUUCCAGGAGGAGCUAGCGGCAUUGGAGAAACUAGUCGUGCCUUGUUGGUUAGGAGCCCUAGCUGACUCCCAUCAAGAGGUUCACGGAUUUGCCGAUGCCUCCGAACGUGCCUACGCCGCAGUCAUCUACCUGCGAACAAACACAAACGGAGUUAGGAGAGUGACUUUAUUAGCUGCGAAGACCAAGCUCGAUUGGUCGCCCACGUCGUGCCUCUUAUUGGCGCAGAAAAGGCGCCUCUCCAUCUGUGGUCGGAUUCCACCGUGA